AGGACGUGGAAAAUGGUACCGCUCCUGAUCUGGCGGGAUACGAGACUGCCUACCAGACCAGUUAUGCUUCGCUGGUUGCCCUGGGCUCUCAACGCUUUCGUGAUGGUCCACCACAAAGCGGAAACACCUUGAAACACUCAAGUACCUGCUCUCGAAGGGUCUCCCCCCAGACGGAGAAGACAUCGUUGGCUAUACGGCUGUGCAUCAUCUAGCCUCGUCCCCCGAGCCGAGAGAUGAACUGCUGCGGUGCCUGCUGGAGAACGGGGCGAAUGUCGAUCAUCAGAACCGAUAUGGAGAGGUUCCGCUGAUGGGUCCUAUGAUGCUCAAUAUGAUCCAAACUAUCGAUAUUUUAAUGGAGUUCAACGCGUCCCUGGAUAUCCCCGAGGCCGACGGGAUCACUCCUCGUCGUCAUUUCUUGGGCUGUGGUCCACGAGUGACGGCGGCGGUAACCAAGUGGAUCAGAAAGCGGAACAGUGAGGAAGCUCCAAGGGAAAAAAAAUCUUGCGACUCCUGCGGGAAGGAAAGCGCGUCGCUCAAAAAUUGCGCAAAGUGCAGAGUUGCGAGGUACUGUUCCGUCGACUGCCAGAGAAGCGCAUGGCCGACCCACAAACGCACCUGUAACCCUUUCUCUCACUCGAACACCGUCGUCCUGAUACCUCACUAUCAUGCCUACAAUAACACAAUUCCUACCGCAGACCUCACGCGGCGCGCUAUGGGUUAUCCCUCGGAAGCUGAAGCCUGGUCCAAGAACAAGAUGCGUGGUGCCCAUGCUCCCAAAAAGGUCGAUAAAGAAUCCAAAUCAAUUACCAUCAAAGUCCAAGUGCCUUGGAACUUCCAGGGCGAUUUGGAAGCGUCGAAGAAGAGCUCGGGAGAUUUGUUGGUGUAUACGAAAAAGCGAGACUUUGCUUGUACGAUCAGGAAGCGGGACGCGCCCGCUGAGUAUGAUCGAAUUGCAGCAGUCGUCAGGGAGAAGGGUGUUGGGGGUGCAAAGGCUUAUUUCGCUGCUGAGCUGGAAAGCAGGGAUCGGCUGGUCGUCAAAGUGACAGAAGUUCUUGCUGAGCAGCCGUGGUAAAGACCUAUGAGAAGUGAUUCAGAUAUCUCUGUGAUUGUACAAUGACUCUCAAUGAACGGA